ACCAAGAGGUUCUUGCUUCAACAGUGAUUGAACGGAACUUCGAUCUCGCCUUGAAAAAUUCUCCUUUCAUAUUUAUUAUUUUUUACCAACGUUUUGAUUAAAAAAAGACGAAAAAUCCGCCGAAAUGGAUUCCCAGAUUCGCCAGAACUACGAGCGCGACUGCGAGGCUUUGAUCAACAAGAUGAUCAAUUUGGAGCUUUACGCUUCAUAUACUUACACUUCAAUGGCUCACUAUUUCAAACGGGAUGAUGUGGCUCUUGCUGGUUUUGCCAAGUUCUUCAAGGAGAACAGUGAGGAGGAGCGCGAGCAUGCCGAGAAAUUCAUGGAGUUCCAGAACAAUAGGGGCGGACGCAUUGUCCUUCAAGACGUAAAGAAACCUGAGCGCGAUGAGUGGGACAAUGGACUGACCGCGAUGCAGUGCGCUCUUCAGCUGGAGAAGAACGUCAAUCAGGCUCUGCUGGAUCUACAUAAGGCCGCCUCUGAGAAGACAGACCCACAUCUGUGUGACUUCCUGGAGACUCACUACCUGAAUGAGCAGGUGGAGGCCAUCAAGAAGAUUGGUGACCACAUCACCAACCUUUCCAAGAUGGAUGCUGGCAACAACAGGAUGGCGGAGUACCUGUUUGACAAGCACACCCUGAGCAGCUAAAUGCAGCUCUCAGAUCAUCUGCAAAACCUCCAGCUAUAUUCUAGGCUUAAAUCAUCAAGCUAAUGUUGUCAUGCAGCUCUUAGGCAAAUUUUUAAACUUUGAAAGAUUAACACGUUAACAUUUUAGAGGCUACAUUUCACUGUAUAACAUGCAUGGCUCUUAAAUUAGCCAUCAAGCCAAUGCUCUCUUUUUGAAUACACUGGUUUUAAGUGAAUUUGGUGAAUAAACAUUUUUGGCUGGA